UACACUUUGAAACCUUGUGUUACAUGACCCAUUUUAUGGCCUAUACAAAUUGAACAAAGGUACACUGACACAGAAUGAAUUGAAUACAUCGUGUGCAAGUAAAAAUUAGUGCAACCAUAGUGGUAACACUGGUCUGGGUCUUGUUGUGAUGUGCUGUCAAAAAUGACAAGACAAGUCGUGAAUCUGCGCGAAAACAAAUCGAUGUCGAAAAGUCGCAGAAUCCGACCUCGUCGGUUAGUUUCGCGGAAAAUGUACGAAAAUCUAACAUAAAUGGAACGAAUCCAUGGCCUUGAAACUACUACAAGGUCCUAUGUAUGGCAAAUAAUCAUGUAACGUCAUGUUUAUUAUAACUAGUAAUAAAACUUUAGUCUAAACGUGCAGUCAUGUCUCGGCGCUCGCUGUUCUUACUCGCAGCUACGUUAGUACUGCUUCACUUUACUAUAAUCGUGUUUAUGCUGAGCCCGCUGCACGGGUCGCGGCGAACGUUCUAUACAAGCGGUUACCAUCGCUACUCGAUGCGUGGGGGACCCAGUGUCGCGUGGUGCAAAGAUCUACAUUUUAAACCCCCUGGGCCCGUUGUAGCCCUGAUAUCUCACCCUGGCAGCGGUAAUACUUGGCUGCGAUACUUAUUACAACAGGUUACAGGAAUAAUGACCGGGUCCAUAUAUAUGGACUACGGCCUACGGACACAUGGGUUCCCGGCAGAAAAUGUCACAGAUGGCACUGUCCUGGUUGUGAAGACUCAUGAAGCACCUCCAGUGGACCCUGACAAGUUCCAAGCCGCUGUGCUGCUGAUUAGGCACCCUAAAGAUGCUAUUUUGGCCGAGUACAACAGACUGCACAAAGGGCACAUCGGAACGGCACCAAAAUCAGCAUUCAAAAGGAAAUCACACGAACAUAGGACAACAGACUGGGUGAAGUUCGUAUCGUACCAGCUCACAGCGUGGGAGUCGUUGCACGAGCUGUGGCUCACUCGCUUCCCGGGCCGGAUACUGGUAGUGUUAUACGAGACCCUGGUCCGUGACACCGGGCCUUCGUUACAACGGAUACUGGACUUCCUCAACCAUACUGUGACUAAGGAUGACAUGAGCUGCGCACUGGCCAACCGCGAGGGCAUCUACAGGCGGCGGAAGAAGCUCCAAGAUUUCGACCCGUUCACCGCCGACAUGUACCAGGCGCUGGACCGGGCGCACGAUCGGGUGCGCGACUUAGUCGCAAACUAUAGUCGUAAGCAUAACCUCACACAAACGAGACUUGAAAACGUCGCUCCGUUGAAGUAAGAGAAUUCGACCUUGUUGUAGUGUACUAAGCGCUCGACCGGGCGCAUGAACGGUAGUACGACUUAGUCGCAAUAGUCGCAAACUAUAGGUAGUCGUGAGCCCUCACACAAAUGAGACUUGAAAACGUCGCUGCGUUGAAGUAAGAUAAUUCGAUCUUAUUUUCCCGUACUAAGCGCUUGACUGAGCGCAUUUGAACAGGUGCGCGACUUAGUCGCAGACUAUAGUCGUAAGCCCUCACACAAACGAGACUUCAAAACGUCGCUCCGUUGAAGAAAUUUUUAUUUUUUAUUUUACAAAAAAAAUACAAUUUUUUAAGUACCUUAAUCUAAUUUAUCGCCAAACUGUGAAACAGUUUGUUGGCGGUGCGCUCUAAAAUAAUCUAAAACUAAAAUAGGUACACUAAAAAUUGAUCUUGAUUUGAUCUUGUCCUGUACUAAGCGCUCGACCGGGCGCAUUUGAACGGGUGUGCGACUUACAAUUAGUCGCACGUCGCUAACUAUAGUCGUAAGCAUAACCUCACACAAACGAGACUUGAAAACGCUCCCGUUGAAGUAAGUAGCAAAGUUGUAAAUAGAACAACGAAUAUAUUUGAAAACGUAGCAUUUUUACUAUUAAACAGGGGAAGAGAUCUAUGGAGGGUGGGCUAAUUGGCCCUUUGGCCAAUAAGGGCAAGCGGCAUGUCACAGGAAAGGAUAUUCUUAGUGGUAAAACUUUUACUAUGACACGUAAUCCCAAAUUUUUGUGUGUAAAAAGUUAUUUGUCUCAAAUAGUAGUGUGAGUUAAAACGUGAAUAUAGUUUUUUUUUUCGAUUAAUAAGUUCCUGUGUCGCAGCUCAUGAAGGUUUUGUUAUCGUCGAUAUUUAAGUUUUUUAUUCGUUUUCUUAUAUUUUUUAUGUCAUUAUUUUAUUUUAACACAUUUGACAAGUCACGCCAUACAAAAAAAUUGAAUAUAUAAAAAAAUCCUUUCCGACGGUAUGUCGCUUAUUCUUAUUGGUUCAUGGGCCAGUGUCCAUACAAAUCUGCCCAUCCUUCUUUAUAAUUAACACAUUUACUGCCAGACAAAAAACGGCGCACUACCCCAGAAACCGGUGGUCUAUAGCUGCGUACAAAACAACCCGCCCAGCGGGUUGUCCGGCAUCUGAACAAAGUUCACGAGCGCCCGCCAGGUGGGUUCCCGGCAGUGAAUGUGUUAAUUUCUAUUCUAUUCUAUUGUAAUUAUCUGAACCUCUUUACCACCUUUUUGCUACACGUCACCAUGAUUAUGAAUAUGUAGAAUCGACGGGCUUCAAUUGUAAAUAAUAUGUGUCGUCCUAUAGGAAAAGGGACCUUAGGACGAUUACAGCUUGUAUCACGAAAUAUCAUGUUACUAAUGAUGUAAGCAGUAAGCGCCAAGUCUUAACGUACCUUUCCAACAAGUCGUUAGAAUAAUAUUAUAUUUAAGUAGGUAAAUGUGAUAAGCAAAAGUGAACAUUAUUUAUUUAUGGGUAUUAAAACUAAAAUGAACAAUUUCGCAUAAUAAUCUGCUUUUGUUACUUAAGUACUUAUGAUUUUACUAGUCAUUUUAGUCAGAAUACAGUAAAUAGUUAUAAAGCGCAAAGUGGGUAGCAUAAAAAAACGCCUAAAGUUACAAAAUAUUGCGGUCACUAAUUUGUCAGCUGGAGCUCGUUUCUCGAACGGUGUUAGACUAAUAUUAUUAUUCCACGAACUAUCAGCAGUGGCAGCAUGGUUCCAUUUUUAUCACCUGUCAUUAUGCCCGUCACUUUCGCACUAACGUACUUGUUAGAACGUGACAGGCACGAUGACAAAUGAUAAACAGUCGAUCAUCUUAGCCCUACAGGUCGUAUGGGUUGCCAUGGCAACACACUAAUAAUAUUAGACUAAUACCGUUCAAGAAAUGGGCCACAGUUCGUGGACUAAUAAUAUUAGUCUAAUACCGUUCGAGAAAUAGGCCCUUGAAGUUGAAAGUAUCAGCCAUCUUGGAAUUAUUUUCCAUGUAGAGGUAUAUCUCUACAGCUCGUGUUCUAAAGUAUCUGUAACAGUAUUUUGUUUAUAUAUUCAGGACCUUUGUUAAGAGGGGACCGCAGCAAAAUUGUAGUUUUUAUUUUGAAAUUUUACACGUAUUUAUGAAGGGCAAAUGCAAUGAAAAAAAUCAUACGGUAACUAGACUAUAUUUCCGAGGGCAGACUCCAAGAAUAACCUUAAAAGGUUAACGUUGGCUCGAUUGAAAAUCACGAUGUCACAUUUUUUGGAAGCUAAGCACAUUAAUUUAUUGAAAAAUGUUCCAUUGAAGUAAUAAAAAUACGGUAAAAACUUAUCUCUUCAAAUACGUGCACUUUUCAAAUAUGUUUGAAAUGCGUUGUGUGCCAGCUGCGGGUAAUUCCACGACACUGUAAUGUCAGUUACCAAUUCUUUCGUGUGUUCUUACAUUAAUUAAGCAAAUUUAAGUGUCUGUAUGUCGGGCGUAGCCCUACAGGUAGAUAUCUCGAUACUUAAAUUUGCUUAAUUAAUCUAAGAAUACUCGAAAAAAUUGGUACCUGACGUUACAAUCUCGUGGAAUAGCCCCUGCGGGAAAUUGACCCAAAGAUUGCACUUGUAGAAUGUGUUUUAAAUUAAGCCCAAUGAAAAGAGACUUGAAGGAACUGUCAGUCUAUCAUAGGGAUCAUCGUUCGACACGAGAAGUAUAGGUAUUAUAUUUAUUGGCUUAGCGCUUCCAGUACAGUAGCGCCAAAGUUGUACUUCCAUGACAAAUUCUGUAGUCUGUUUUUCGACUUCCAGAACUGUAGAAAAUAAGUAAAAUUUAUGUUAUAUGUCGUGUUAUGUACUUAUUAAUAUAAAAGUCAAAUGCUUAGCCCACCAAAGUUUAUUUGUAGGUAUACAAUUUACUUUUAGACGCUUUUCUUUUAUUCAAUUUGUUCUUGAAGUUGUACUUCCAUGACAAACUCUGUAGUCUGUUUUUUGACUUUCAGAAUGAGUGGAGAAAAUUAAUAGUAUAAUUUAUGUUAUAUGUCAUGUUAUGUUAUUAUUAAUGCAAGAGUAAAAUGCUUAGCCCACCAAUGUUUAUUUGUACGUAUACAAUUUGCUUUUAGACGCUUUUCUUUUAUUCAAUUUGUUCUUGAAGUUGUACUUCCAUGACAAACUCUGUAGUCUGUUUUUUGACUUUCAGAAUGGGUGGAGAAAAUUAAUAGUAUAAUUUAUGUUAUAUGUCAUGUUAUGUGUCUUAUUAAUUGUUUACUGUACGCAUACAAUUUGCUUUUAGACGCUUUUCUUUUAUUCAAUUUGUUCUUGAAUUGAUUUUUGAUACGGGUACUUAAAAUAAAUGUAAUCGCAUCGUACAAAUGAUUUUCCAAAGGUACUUAGUUAUAAUAUUUAUUUUAGUCGUUAAGUUAGGCUGAUUGUUGUGAAUUUAAUGUGUUACUAUGGUAAUAGUUACUAUGUAAGUGAAUAUAUAUGUCAACGAAUAUGUAUAUGCCAACGAAUCCUGUCCAAAGUUCAAAUAUGAAUGGCCUAAUGAUAAUGCUGAAGCUAAGAGCAAUAAAAAUACUUUUACAGUACAUAUUACAUACACUUUACGAGCAUAUGUCGAAACUUUAUAGAGCCAUAUGUACUGUAAAACGUUGUACGAUACACGUGCGAAUUAUCACCACUCGUUGCGAAUUUCCUAUUUUCUGCACUUGUAAAUAACUAUUACAGUAAGUACCUACAUAUGGUGCUACUUUCCCGCACUAGCGCGGGAUUGAGCGCUACUUGGGUUCUUCGCCUGAAAAGAUAAUUUCCGUAGUAAAUUACCUCGUUUUGGCCUGCAAAUGCAAAGGCUUCAAUUGCCUCGUUAAUUUUGCAAACAAAUGUAAUUGUACCCAAUCAUCAAUGUUACUAGACAUACAUACGCCUUUUGUUAGGGUCCUACUGGCCGUAGAAAUAAAAAUAGGAUGGUUUAUUCCGCCUAAAUUACAAGUAAAUCCCGGGCAAACAAUUAUAAAACCGGCCAAGAGCAUGUCGGGCCACGCUCAGUGUAGGGUUCCGUAGUUACUCUUCCGUCACUAUAAGCUAAACUGGAGCUUAAAGUGUAGUAAAUGGUACCUUUCACCCGAGUUCAACAAAUAGGCAAAUUUGCAUAAUCAGUACCUAAUUAAAGUAAGUCUUUUUACUAUGAAGGGAAAACUUUUUGCGAUAACUCAAAAACAGCUAAACUGAUCAUGUCCGCUAUAGUUUUCAUUUAAUGUCUUUCUUAAGCUCUACUUCCACGAUUUUUUUCAUAUUUUUUGGACCUAUGGUUCAAAAGUUAGAGGGGGGGGGGGGGACACAUUUUUUUUUUCUUUCGGAGCGAUUAUCUCCGAAUAUAUUCACUUUAUCAAAUAAUGUUUCUUGAAAACACCUAUUAGUUUUGAAAGACCUUUCCAACGAUAUCCCACACUCUAGGGUUGAAGCGAAAAAAAAAAUUCACCCCCACUUUACGUGUAGGGGAGGUACCCUAAAAAAAAAAAAUUUUUAGAUUUUAUUGUACGACUUUGUCGGCUUUAUUGAUUUAUAUAUCCAUGCCAAAUUUCAGCUUUCUAGCACUAACGACCACGGAGCAAAGCCUCGGACAGACAGACAGACAGACGGACAUGGCGAAACUAUAAGGGUUCCGUUUUAUGCCAUUUGGCUACGGAACCCUAA